AUGUUUCCUAAAUUUGUUAUAGGUGGUGCUGUUUUUAAUCAUCAAUAUUGUGAAAAUCCAGAAACUUUACCAGUUAAGGAUAUAAUUAAUGAAGCAUUUAAACAAGGUUUUAAAGCAAUUGACACAUCACCUUAUUAUGGUCCAUCUGAAGAAUUAAUAGGUAAUGCAUUAUUACAACUACCUUAUAAUCGAGAAGAAUAUAUAAUAUGCACCAAAGCAGGAAGAAUUAAACUUAAUGAAUUCGAUUAUUCUCGAAAAAAUAUAAGAUAUUCAGUUGAAAGAUCAUUAAAAAGAUUAAAUACUUCAUAUUUAGAUGUUGUAUAUUUACAUGAUGUUGAAUUUGUAGGUAAAAAUGAAAUUUUAGAAGCAUUAAAAGAAUUGGAAUUACUUAAACAAGAAGGAAUUGCUAAAAAUAUUGGUAUUAGUGGGUAUCCUAUUGAAUUUUUAUAUGAAAUUGCAUCAGAAUAUGGCAAAUUAGAUUGUAUUUUAUCUUAUUGUAAUGGUUGUUUGCAAAACACUAAAUUAUUUCAAUAUUAUGACAAAUUUAAAGAUUGUGGUGUUAAAUAUAUUUUAAAUGGUUCUAUAUUGUCCAUGUCAUUGAUUAGAUCUUCAAGACCACAUGCUUUCCAUCCUGGGUCACAAGAGUUAAAAGAUAAAGUCUAUGAAAUUGCUCAAGAUUUGUUAAAAAAUGACUCAAUAGAGUUGGCUAGUUUAUCUACAAAAUAUGCAAUAGAAAAUUGGUCAAUCAAGUACAAUUCUCCAAUUGUUCUUGGUGUUUCAAAUUUAAAAGAAUUACAAACAGCUGUUGAUGCUUUAAAUGAUACUAAAGAUUAUAGUGAAUAUUACGAUAGGUUUCAAUCAUUAUUAGGUUCUCAUUUUAAUGAAACUUGGUCAAGUGGAAACCAUUAA